CUCUUCCGGGUUUGUAGCCAGGGCUGGUAAAGCAUCUCCGGAGGGAGGACAUGAAGAGAGUCACCCUGUUUGUUAAUGGCAGCCCCAGAAAUGGGAAGGUUGUGGCUGUUUAUGGAACACUGUCUGAUUUGCUUUCUGUCGCAAGCAAUAAGCUUGGAAUAAAAGCAACCAGUGUCUACAAUGGAAGAGGUGGACUUAUUGACGACAUUGCCUUAAUUAGAGAUGAUGACGUUCUUUUUGUAUGUGAAGAUGAACCAUUCAUUGAUCCCCAGAAUGACAUCAACUCUCUAGAAACAUUAACAGGAUCUCAUUCAGAUUGGAUAACACUCAAUGUAGGAGGACGGUACUUCACGACUACCCGGAGCACUUUGGUUAGUAAAGAACCUGAUAGCAUGUUGGCUCACAUGUUUAAAGAUAAAGAUGCUUGGGGAAACAAGAGAGAUCACAGCGGAGCUUUUCUGAUUGACCGAAGUCCGGAGUACUUUGAACCGAUCUUAAACUAUUUGCGGCAUGGACAGCUAAUUGUGAACGAUGGCAUUAAUUUGUUGGGUGUCUUAGAGGAAGCGAGGUUCUUUGGAAUUGACUCACUAAUUGAACACCUUGAACUAGCAAUUAAGAAUUCCCAACCUGCAGAAGACCAUUCCCCGAUUUCUCGAAAGGAAUUUGUCAGGUUCCUCCUUGCAACCUCAACCAAGUCAGAGCUACGCUGUCAGGGGUUAAAUUUUAGCGGAGCAGACCUCUCUCGUUUAGAUCUCCGGUACAUCAACUUCAAGAUGGCCAACUUGAGCCGAUGCAACCUGGCCCACGCGAACCUCUGCUGCUCAAAUCUUGAACGGGCUGAUCUCUCCGGAUCUGUUCUAGAUUAUGCCAACCUCCAAGGUGUAAAGAUGUUGUGCUCAAAUGCAGAGGGAGCCUCCCUGAAAAGCUGCAAUUUUGAAGAUCCUUCUGGCCUUAAAGCUAAUUUGGAAGGUGCUAACUUGAAAGGUGUUGAUAUGGAAGGAAGUCAAAUGACUGGCAUCAAUCUCCGAGUUGCAACUCUAAAGAACGCAAAAUUGAAAAACUGCAACUUGAGAGGAGCAACCUUGGCAGGAACUGAUUUGGAGAACUGUGACCUGUCAGGCUGUGAUCUACAAGAGGCCAACCUGAGAGGGUCGAAUGUGAAAGGAGCCAUCUUUGAAGAGAUGCUGACACCAUUGCACAUGUCUCAGAGCGUCAGAUAGGUUGCCCUGCUGAAGACUCAAUGGGAAAAUGACGUUCCUUCCACAGCAUGUUUUUCUCAAUGGUAUCUGAAAAGCUGCUGCUGGAUGGAGAGAAGGACCUUCUCUUGUCUUAGGUAUAGGAAUAGCUAUUGAAUCCAGUUGGGACAAGAAGCUUGCUAAUCACUCCCAAAGACAUUGCUAUCUUGGCCCUACCUUGCUUUAGAACACUUCUCUAGAAAAAAAAUAUUUAUGAAAGCACAAUAUAUGCAAUUUAUAUUUAUUCAACUUCCAAUGAGGGUUUUAGAAAUAUGAUCACCCAUUGUAGCAAACUCUUGGGCUGCCAAGAUGGCACCGAUGAUGGCUGCCUCGGUGAAAUGCUCUCUAAUGGUUUCUUUAUUCCUUAUUAUCUGCAAUUCACUACGGAUUUCAUCCUCAUGAGACCAUCUGCUAAGAAUUAGGCAAUGUUUCCUUAAGGAGCACCUUUCUGAUUCCUCACCCCCACCUGUCUUUGCAAACACAGAGGAGAUUCUAACUAAUUUCCCGGUGCUAUGGAUUACAACAAAAAAAGCAAAGAAGCGGCAACGCCCAGAAAGAGAAGAGGUAAAUGAGCAGGAAUUUAAACAGACUAAGGAAUGGGG